UUUACUUCUUCGAUGAUGCAGCAAAGAGAAGAGAAGCAGUUGGAGGCAUCGGUGGAAUCACUCAUCUCUCGAGUGGCACAUGUCAAGAAUGCUCUUCACAGUUUCGUUUAUAAGUUAGAAAAUGAGUAUGAUCGGUUAACGUGGCCGUCAGUUUUGGAUAACUUUGCACUUCUUUCUGGUCAGCUGAACACUAUCAACAAACUGCUCAGGAAUGAGAAAACGCCGUCUUUUCGCAACCAGGUCAUCAUACCGUUGCUUCUGUGUCCUGACCGAGAUGAGGAUUUAGCCAAACUAACUGAGCAACGGGUACCUGUGUUCAGCCAUGAGAUUGUGCCAGACUACCUGCGUACCAAACCUGAUCCAGAGGUGGAGGAGCAGGAGAAACAGCUCAGUGCUGAGGCUGCACGGAUUGGUCCUGAAGCUGCACAGAAACAGAUCCAGACGUUGAAUAAGCUGUGCUCUAAUUUGUUGGAAAAGCUGAACAAUCCUCGUGAUGACAAAGACAUGGAAGCUGCAGCUCUACGGCAAAACAAGCCAUCUUUUAACCCCGCUGACACCAGUGCAUUGGUUGGAGCAGUUGCCUUUGGAAAGGGGCUUUCAAAAUGUAGACCCCCAGGACCAGUGGCCCCUAGUCAUGCGGGACAAGGACCAAUGAUAAGUGGCGGUCCAACCUUACAACAAGUCACCAUUGGUGGUGGCUCAGGGCAGCAGUCAGGGAUUGCAGGACCUGUGGUUCCACAACAGCAAGGACAACCAGGAAAAAUGCCAAGCAGCAUCAAGACGAACAUAAAGUCUGCCUCAGCCUCCAUGCAUCCCUACACCCGGUGACCUCACCCGAGCCCCCUCCAAACUCCUCCAACCCCUCACCUAUCCAGCGUGG